CUUACGCAACUUUUCUCAAUGGGUCAAUCGCAUAUUGCGAAAAUCUGUUUUGAUUGGCUAAUCGACAAGAGUUCAUUCUCUAUAUGGACAAUGGUAAUCCGAUACUCCACGUGAAGCAAUAACAAGUUCGUAAGCUGUAGAGUAUUUGUAUGAAUUUUGUGAGUUUUCAUUAGAAACAUUAGAAGCGAAAAGAAGGAAAGAUUCUCAAGAUGGCUAGUGUUGGCGAUUUGGAGUCAGGGCAGGUCGACAUUCAAUUGACGAGAAGUCAGAAACUUGCCACCAUAAACGAAGGCUCCAGCCUGCUUGGUCCCGAAGUAGAACACAGAUCGUUCUCCUCACAUCGAGGGGGUGUCACUGAAAGUAUUAGAAAGCUUCGCAGUCAUACCAUGACUGUUUCUCUGUUGGAAAAACCAUCGCACGAUCGCCGCGCUUCAGCCUUCAUGGCUGGCUGGAAUGUUAGCAAUCUAAUCCAAGGAACGGGUAUACUAGGGGUGCCUUACGCUGUUAGCAUGGGUGGUUGGGCCGGCGUUAUUGCUAUACUGGUCAUUGCUUGGGUGUGCUGUUUUACUGGCAAAUUGUUAGUCGACUGUCUAUACGAAGAUUCGAAGCGGACUGGACAACGCAAGCGCGUCCGUACCAAUUAUCCUGAAGUCGGCGAGGCGGUCCUUCCUGGAUUCGGUCACAAGAUCGUUAGUAUUGUCCAAGUGUGCGAAAUGUUUGGAGGUAUAAUAAUGUACAUUGUACUGCUUGCAACAGUCUUUAAUGACAUGCUGAAAGCCUAUACAGAACUAAACAUUUACCACUGGGCCGUUAUCUGCACCUAUGUCGCAUUUCCAGGGAUCUUCAUCAAAAGAGUGUCCAUCAUCGCGUGGAUUAGCAUGUUUUCUGUCUUUUCACUCAUGGUUGGUCUGGCUACACUCAUCAUCUACUGCAUAACCGAGUACGAUAAAAUGGACAUCCAUAACAUUCCUGUUUUUAAUGCUGAAACUUUUCCAAUUGGAUUUGGGAUUAUUGUCUUCAGCUAUUGUGCACAUGCGGUUUUUCCAGGUGUUGAGGGGAGCAUGAAAGAGCCAAAGAAAUUUCCAGCCAUGAUGAACUUUUCAUUCUUACUGGCAGCAGUCAUCAAAUGUUUACUAGGCUUAAUGGCAGUCCUGAGGUUUGGAACUCAUACUGAACAAGUCAUAACCGUCAGUAUCAAAAGCCAUGCCUUCAACUACCUGUCCAAUGCCCUGGUCAUCACCAAUGUCUUCCUGGCAUUUCCUAUUUGUUUCUUUAUUGUCUUAGAGACCUGGGAUACUAACUUUCUGCCAUUUUUCCCCCACCUUCAGCCAGACAGCAGCUGCCAUUGGUUUUGGUUGCUCAUCACAAGGUUGCUACUUGCAACGCUCGCCCUUUUUCUUGGAAUUGUUGUCCCUCAUUUUGGCCUUCUGAUGGGGUUUGUUGGAAGUUUCACAGGAACGUGCCUUUCGUUUGUAUUCCCAUGUGUGUUUCACAUGAAAUUGAAGUGGAAAAAGUUAAAGUGGUAUAAUAUUGCACUAAGGUGCUUCGUUAUUGUCUUUGGUCUGGUUUGUGGUGGAUUUGGCCUGGUAUUUUCUGCAAGAGAUCUUGCUAAAUCAUUCAAUUCUCAGGGUUUCUAAAAGACUUUUUAAGAAAUUGUACCAAAAAAAUGAAUCACUGAUUGAUUUGAUUGUUAAUUAUGAUAAGUAGUUUGUUAUCAUUUAGUAAAUCAAUGACCACAUAUUAAACAAAUAUAAAAACCUCUUGUGUCCAGUUGCCACUAAGAAAUCAUAUUGACAAUUUUUCAUUUUUUUAAUAAGUAAUUAAAUUGUUUAUAUCUAAUUUAUUUAUAAUUUUUCUGCUCUUCAAUACCGCUUAUGAUAAUUAUAAAAAGCUAUAAUAUAUACUUUAUAAUGUUUUCCUGUUGAUUGUAAUAUUGAUACAAAUUAAAAUGUGUA